AUGACGGAAAUAAAACCUUUCCUAAUGCCAAUGGCAAAUGGUUUACAUGAUAAAUCGAAAGAACUGCAAAAAGAAAUUCUUAUGGAAAAACUAAGAUCAAAAACAUCUCAAUACAAGAACUUAAGUGAAACAUCAAAAGCGGUACGGAUGGCCUUAUUGGAUAAACGCUGGGCUGUAGACAGCGCUGACAGAAUGAUUCUUCAGAAAUGCCUCGAUAGCUUACAACAUUGCAUAAAAGUAAGCUCAUUGCAGAGUCUAAUAGAAAGAUUGGAAUGUCUGUCACGACAGCUGGGGUUAAAGUUUGUUGUGGGUACAUCUGGUGUGAAUCUAUUUAUUUCCUCAGAUAUGUUCUACUUAGAAAUACUUGUGGAAUCUUCUGGUUCGGUAAAAGAUGUCAAAGUACAUCACGAGGGAAAGAUAGAACAACAGAGUUGCGAAGAAUUAGUACAGUGCAUAUCAAGGGGUGAUUUUACCGAUUUCACAGCACAACUUGAGGGUCUCAUUGCUGUUUACCAAUUGAAUGCUGAAAAAAAGGUUAAAUACAAAGCGUUUAGUGCAUUACAAAGUUUAGAAGAAGACUUAUGUACUAUGCGACAGUUGCAAAGCUUUAUCAAGGAUCCUUGGAUGCAAGUACACAAGAGUCCCAUUGGCUUUCUACAAAGAAGACGAGGAGGUCAUGCAAUGCGUCUCACAUACUUUGUAUCGCCCUAUGAGCUUUUGGAUAAAGAUAAAGGUCUACAACCACUGACAGUAGAUUUACUAACAGAAGGUCGACCGGCCUCUUCUAAUGGUCUUGCGACGCUUGUAACACCAACGCGCACUCCAAUUGGACACUCUGCUCUUGUGCUUCUAGAAGGUUCAACUGCCAAUAAGUUACAAUUAGCACCGAUAAUUUCUGGAGGUCAGCGAGCUGGUAAAGGUGGUCCAGUUUAUGCCCAACUAGUGCCUCAAAACAGUGCAAUGUUGCCAGCUUGCUUUACACUAAAACUGUCUCAGCCGACGCCAUUAUGUGCAGGAUUAGCAAAGCUUUUCCAUGCUAUAACUGAGGUGGAGGUCGCAGGAGAUUGGUCAAGCUCUAAACCCAUGUUAGGAUUAAUAGCUCAACAAUCUUACAAUAGUCUGGUACCGGGAAAAACCAUUGAGUUGAAUCUCACCAAGGGACUUUUUGUUAAACUCCCGGACCAGUGGCAGUGCUAUUUCCUAUGCGAGCGUCGUGGCCUAGACGGGUGUAUAGUGCAGAGUAUACCCUUCACUCAUCCCUCUCAUGUACCGCAACUUCUUGCCGCACUUCGUCAGCAGGCGCUUUUCAAUGCUCUCAUUGCUUCGUGCGUACGAGCACAGACUAAACAUGCCGUCGACCUGGAAAGCGUCCCCAUGUUUGAAGUAAGCGCGUUGUCAUGGCAACAUAUAUCUAUUUCUCUGGAGCACCCGCUAGAUGAAAGUAUGGCAACUGUGGAGCUAGACCUGGGCGAGCCGGCAACGCCGCGCGCCACUGUCUACACGCUCAAUUCGCCUGCUCGAGAGCACGUGGACGAUUAUAUCAGUAAAGUGCUACAGAAGAGCCAUUCAAUACCGAUUACAUUAAGGUCGCUUUUUAAAAUCUGGGAACGUGAAGCAGCAGCAAAACAAAUGAACGGCGGCUACUCUGGUCUAGAGUCAAAUUUUAGCUGCGGCCUGGGUGGCAUCGACCCUGGUGGCGAUCACAAGCCAUCCCCCUCCCCCUCGCCGCACGCUCGGGCACUGUAUCCCUCCUCUGUCUCCCAUCCCCAUCAGGGUGGAACAUACCUUUCGGAGCAACAGCAGCACCUAUCUAUGAUGUGCCAGGAUAGUGACUCAAAAAAUCAGAUGCCAGACGACAGGAAGUCCAAAAAACGUAAAUCGGACUCGGGCAUGUGGCCAUCGACACAGAAGAAAGGAAAACCAGGAUUAACUGACCUGGGAGAUUCUGAUAGCGAGAGUGACAAUUCAGAUGGUUACGGCAACGAAGAUGAUAAUACUAUGAAUAGUAACUCUACAAAUGAUGAUAUUGAGGGGCAGGAGUCAUCUGUUUCCCAAAAUGAAUUUGCUUCUGAUCUUGAACUGUCUGGAAUGGACACAGAUGCUCUGGGCGGGCAGGACAAUAGAAAUUCAUCAGAUAUGGACAAUUCAAAUGAUGGAGAUGUUGAAGAUAUUAUCAGGAAUUCUUUUCAUAAGUCCGAGCACAAAAGGCAAAAACUGAAAAGCAAAGAAUCCGAGUCACGUAGUAGAAGUACAUCAUCACUACUGCUAGACCUAACAGACGGCAAGUCCUAUAUGCCCUCUUCUGUUAGUAUAACCCCAAUCAGUUCGAACUCGAGCCAAUCUGGUUCUGGAUCCGGUUCAAAUUUGUCCUCUAUGCUUUGCCUCGAUAGACGGCCCGGAAUUGAAAUUAUCCCCAUCACUGCGGCGCCACCGGCUGCCUUGCCUAGUUCUAUAACCAUUACUCCCAUUACAAGUUCACAGAUGAAGUCUAUGGAUGACCGCAUCCGGUCUGAAAAGAAAUCGAGCAAGUCAGGUGAAGAGCGAAGUAAAGAGAAAAAGAAAAAGCGACGCCGUGAUGACUCAAUGGGGCCCCCGGAAAAAGUGCCUCCUAAACAGGACCCUCUUACAAAACCAGUAUCUGUUAGUAUUAAGCCUACUGAUGGCUCUCCGAUGCGAUCGACAUCCCCAAACUCAAUUUUGAGAAAAUUUAGUCCCAGCCCUACGCAUGGACGAUCGGUAUCUAUCACAAAGUCGCCCAGCCCUAAUACUGUAAAGGGAAUGAGUAAACCUUCUGGAACUUCAAGUCAUCACAAUAGUCCGCGACAUUCGCCACUGCAAAGUAGCCCCAAACACCUGCCUGGGUAUUCUAGUCCAAAAAACCACACUAUUUCAUCUCCUAAACAUAGCUCUUCUGGGUCCGGGAAGCCCAGUAUGUCUACAUUAAAGUCUGCAACUAGCGGUUCUCCUUCAGGUAAAUCGGGUACAACCGGUUACGAUCUUACUAAAAAAAUAUCUAAAGACUGCUACGGUUCCACUUCGACGCCUUCAAGAGAUAAAGAGAAGAAACAUUCUGGGUUAUCUUUUUCUAGUUCAGGCAGAAGCAGCCCUAAGUUAAAAAACCCGAUGAAAUUAAAACAACUUGAAAUUACACCUGUUUCAUGCGACAGCCCUGUUACAGAACCUUUGAUAUCACCCCCGAAUGUGGAAGUAAACAAAUCAAAUGCACCAAGCCAAGCCCGAAACAGGAAAGGCUCCUUAAGUGCCGUUAUAGACAAAUUAAAGUCAGCUCAACAUUGCGGUACCGACACGGAAUUGGCGAAUGUUAAAGCAUCAUCUUCAAACAGCAGUAACAAAUUUAAUGACAUAAAAAACGCUACCGCUAACAGCAACUUAAAAAUAAGCGAAAACAAAAACCAAGAAUAUAUGGUUAAGCCCAGUUUAGAUGGUAUGAAAAUAACCAUAAACAAAACUAGAACCAAAGAGUCGUCAAGCAGUAAUUCGAAAUUAAAUUAUUCUGGAUCAAGUAAACAAUCAUCCCCUCAACUCACACCACCGAGUCAAGGCUCACCCAAAACUCACACUGGACUGAAACCUGGUGUCAUAAGUGGACCGGCCUCCAAAAAAACUCAAGCAAUGCAAUCUACUAAAUCGGGAUCUUUAACUCCCGGGUCCACUCCCCCAAAAGCCAACUUGAGCCCCUCCGAGACCUCGAGUAGUGCGAGUGCUUCACCCAAAGUGCCUUACUCUAAAUCUUCUAACAGCAGUACUGCAGGAAUCAAUUUAUCGAAAUCUAGCUCUAAAACAAGUUCAGGCUCACCCAAAAGCAGUAGUUCUGAUCUUGCCAAAAUUAUGCGUGACAGGGAACGAGAAAAAGCAAGAACUAAACUUAUGAGCAACUCGGAGAAAUCAAUAUUCUCCUCUAAAUCUGAACGACAUUCUAGCCCUAGUGGGUCCAGAGAUGACGUCGACGGUGAUAGAUUUAAAAGUUCCAAAGAUGCAAGUUUUUUGGUCGAAGGUUUAAUCAAACCUCUAGACACGAGCAAGUUCCAAAUUCCGAAAUUAAAAAAUCUAAAUGCUCCAGAGAAAAAUAGUCCCGUCUCGCAAUACGAUAGUCGGUCAAUGGUAAAUGAUUUUUCGAGGUCUAUAGAGCAAAGUAAAUACCCACUCCCGCACUUCGACAGUACAAAUAGAAGCACUGACCAAAUGCAAAAAUCUGGUUACCCACUGAAUGUUCCAAAGCCCUUGUUAAAUAUGGGAGGUGUAAGUCCAAAAACAUUAGUCACUAAAUCGGAACCGACGGAUUUUUCCAAAGCCAUAACGGAUAGUUUGGCUAAAGGUGCGAGUCCUCAACGUAAAGACGAGUCGAAAGAUCCGUAUACUGGGUCGUUUCCAAUAAUGCCAUUGGAUUUUAAGACUGACAUGGCCAAGGGAUUUGCCGCUCCGAAAGGAAGUUCUGAAGACAGAAAAGGUGCGGAUUCUUGUAUGAAACCACCGGUGAGUGGAUCCGUACCGCGGAGUGGCGCGACGACUCCUCAAGAAGCUGCAGAAAUGCUAUUAGACUUUUCGUCUUCUUCCGGUAGUAAAGUUUCUGGAAUGGUCGCUGUCCGACCUGUGUACCCACCGUCUCCUGCGCUCUUGCAACUAGCCAAAAGCCCCGCGCCCUCUCCUUUAGUUGUUCCCUCACCCCAUUCAAACUCACCUUGUAUUUCUGACGACGAACUUAUGGACGAAGCCUUAGUUGGUCCAGGAAAGUAA